AUGCGCCUUCACCUCAUUAUCUCGCGUCAUGGCCUGCCCAUCACGCGCAUUCUCUGGACAACCACCUCGGCAACCUCUGCGCUGGGCGAAUAUGGAGUCCAUCGCGCAGCCUCGGCCUCGGCCAUCGCAGCCUCACGCACACCGAAUAUUGCUUUCGCGAACGGCGGAUACACAAUUGCACAGCUCCUGGAGGACGUGAACGAGGUAGUGCCGCUCGAGACCGAACCGAGCAUGUUUGAUCCCGAAUACAGUGGACAGUGGGGCUUGGAGGAUUAUGUCGUCGAGGUCGGCGGCUCGGAAUGUCUGCAUUUUAUGGAAGUGGAUGGAAUCCUUCGCGAUGGCGAUGAAGUUAUGUACGUGUGGAUCCCUCUGGAGAGAGGUGGGAGUAACUCGCGCGCCCGAUUCCAGGACGCGACAUUGACGAUUUUACUGACUUUGCAUGCUGUAUCUAGAAUCCGUGCCCUGCAGCUGUCGGACCUUCGAGCGCGGCGAAUCUGUGGCCGUCACCAGAUUACGGCCGAGGGCAAGCAUCUCGUCGAUGGUGUCCCGUUUGGGUCACCGUUUCUGAAACGGACGACUUCCGCGCGACCUGGAGUUUCUAUUCCACCUAGAAAGAAGCGUCGCACUAUUUUCUCGGGCUGGGAUCAGACUCUGGACUAUCCACCCGCUGACCCGAACGCUGACGAAGAAGGCGAUGGCGACUGGGUGCCGCCUGGUGACGCUGGAUUUGGAAAAGAACUGUCGAUCUUGCCGGCGGAGCACGAGGAGUCCGAUCUGGGAACCGUCAUCCGCCACCCCAUUGACCAUGAUGCGGAGACUGACAGCGACGCGGCUGAAUUUGAGCCGGAAGAGGAUGAAUUGGAGAGCGAACUCCAAGCUCUUAAGGAGGAUUUCGAAGAGCCUGCAUCCCAGUUUAUCGACAUUAGGAGAACAGCGAGUGGGCCCACCUUGCGCUCUACGUCUACAGCCAAGCGACCGUCGUCGGCCGAUACUCUACGCAGAGGGUCACUGGUUGGGGCUUCAUCUCUUUCUAGCAAACGGUCUCGCGGAGACGAAACGUCGCCGAGGACCUCUAAGGCCGUGAGGUUCAACAAGGGUGACGAAGAUAUGCCUGACCUGCCGGAAUCUGAUGAGAGUGCUGUGGAGACACCGUCAACCUCUAAAACACCCAAAUCGCCCAAAUCGUCCUCGCCCUCGUCUACUGACUCCAGUGAUGCCUCAUCUGAGGAUGACUCCUCGGAAGAGGAUGAGUCGUCCGAUUCGUCAUCUGAUUCAGACGAUUCCUCGGAAGAAUCCUCGUCGGAGUCAGAAGAGGAAGAAGUUUCUCUGCGUUCCCAGAAGAAGCGAUCUAUCAUGAAUCCACCCGGUCAAGGAUCAGUGCGGACGCGAAAAAGCAACAAUCGGUACAAGCUUCGCCGCCGUCUCUCGAAGCUGAAGGAGCUCGGUGCUUUACCAGCGGAGGCCGACUUUGCGGCCCUGCGCUCGUGGGAAAAUUCUAACGGAGGCUGGUAUAUCCCCGAGGAAUCGAGCUUUGUUGUUAGUGCCCCGAGCAAGACGUACAAGAAGGAACAAGAGCAGAGGGAGUUCGAAGCCAAGCGUCAAAAGCUUCUCCGGGACCUGGCAUCUGGUGGUGUCGAUGUGGACGAGACUUCGGAGAAGGAAAAUGUCCCGCCGCAUCAAGCUGCUGCAAUGGAGGCGGCUUUCUCCGAAGAAGCAGCUGACGCCGACAAGUACAACAAUGAACUUGCUAACCGACGGACUUUGGAUAUCGCCAGCUCUCGACGGAUGCUGUUCGGAUCUCUUGGCAUGCGAACGCCACGCACCAAAGAAGAUGAAGACGAGACACGGCGAAAGUUUGCUGCCCAGGCUAGUACUGUUCAGCCUCGGAAGAAGACAGUGGACACGCAACCGGUCGAGGAGGACAGUGAGUCGGACGUGGAUUGGGAGAACAAGUUGGUCAUCCGGGCUACCGAGUGCGUCUUUGACGACAUCGAAUUGAGCGCGCCUCCCUUCCCCUUCGAACAACGCUGGGACUCGGAUGCCGAUGCAAUCAUCCGACAGCGCAAGGGCUGGGGCAAGAAGCGGAAGAGAAAGCAGAGAGCCCAGGUCUACUAUGGCAAUGAAGAAGAGCAAGACGAGUACGAAGAUGGAAAUGGAGGCUACGAUGAUGGUGAUAUUCAACUCAACUACGAUGAUCCUGAGCCGGAAACCAACAAGGCCCCAACUGCGGAGGACCACAAGGCGACGGCCACGGAUGUCCCGGAUGAUCUUCCUGCUCUGCCCAGUGACUUGGAUUCUGUACCGGAUUUGACCGAUAGCGAUGCAAAGGUUGGGGCAAUCAUUGCCUUCCGACAGCUCGACAUGUCCAAGGCUACCAACUGGCAGCCCCAGAUGUCCGAAUAUCGUGUGGCUGAGAUCCACGCCAUUCUGGAUCACGGCAUGCUCAAUGUACGACUCGCACAGCGUCACCGAAAGCCCAAGGAUGACGCUGUCGAUCCAGAUGAUGACGAGCCCCGUCAGUACAGCGGGUUUGAAAUGCCAGGGCUCGAGGACGACGAAGAAGAAGACGACGGCUAUCGCGAUCUCACCUUUGCGGAGCUCAGCGACCCUAAGCUUCUCCGACCUGCGCCAGGGCCUGUGGAUGCCGAAAUGGCGGGUGGGGACAAUACGGAAGAAGGUAGCAUUGUUUCUGUAAUCCAGGACUUCAUGCCGAACGGCCAACUAGCAGCUCCGCCUGCCGACAUGGAUCUUGAUGAAACCACCUUCAUCACCGUUGUGACUGACGACAACCAGCUCCAGACGCCUCGCGAGUCUUUCGCGCGGGCGUCAAAUACCGCGUCCCCCCAGCAAACCCCUGGCGGGGUGAGACUCCCGCAGACGCAAGCUCAGAACGGACACGAUGAGCGCAGCGGCAUCUUCACAGUGCCCUCGCCGUCUUUCUCCGGGUUUCACUCGGCUCGAUCUGUGGCACACGAUAGCCCAGAGCCUCAGGUCGAAGACGAAAUCGAAGAGAGCAAUUUUGAAGGACGUACCCUCGAUGGAAAUAAUCUCGAUGGCCAUACCUUGAUCGGAGAACUACAGUCCGGUCUGGCAGACAAUUCCAAUCAAGACUUCUCUGCGCUGUCCUUUGCGUCCGUCAAUCAGUCUGGCGUUGAACUAUCUCCUGAGCAUCAACAGCACGAUCGCCGGGUCGUUGAUGACCAGCCUGCCCCUUUUGCCGAUUCAGCAGAGGACGUUUCCCGACCUGACUCACUACUGUCCCCGAUUCAACGGCCGGAAGUCUCUGGCUCGGGGAUGUCUCCAUCCGCAAGGGGUGUCGAGAAAAGCCCCAGCGUCGAAGGGAGCUCGGUCCAAGCUCCAGACUCAUGGGAGAAUAUUCUCGAUAUGUUGAAGAAUGGUCCAGUAGGGGGAGAUGACCAGGAAGGAGAUGAAGAUGAAGAGGACGAUGAGGAUUACGAGCGUGAGGAAGAUGACAAUGAAGACGAAAGUGAGGAUGAAGAGGAUGAAGACAACGAAGACGAGGACAAGGAGGAAGAUCAGGAUAAGGACCAGGACCAAGACGACUACAAUAUGGACCACAACCUCGACCUGGGUUCUUCACGCGAAUCAUCACAGGCCUCGCAUUCAGGUCAACCACCCAGGAGCGGCCAAGCAGAGCCUCAGUCCCAGAAAUCGGCAGCAAUGGAGACCGAGUCGCCCCCGGCCUCCACCCGUUUGAAACGAUCUCUUCGCUCUCGGGAUUUAGGUUCUGCCUCCCAGCCCAAUGCCUCCCAGACAUCUGAAGUCGUGGACUUGACUGCCAGUCCGGAGGCUUCCUCGCACCCAGCACACACCAACCCAGAGCCGGAACAGUCGCAGAGCUCCGGGGAGUCGGGGUGGGUUUCCAAGCCGGGUGCAGACCAGGAUACCCUCCCGCGAUCAUCGGGGCGACAGACCCGGGCUUCUUCAGGGAAGGUGCAGCGCAUGACUGAGGUGAGUAUCAGCCCGCAGACUCAGCGGAAGAAGCCAUGGUCGCGGAAGUUCUGA